UCCCUUUAAGAUCUUUAUUGACUGUCCGCGAACAUGGCAAGGGAAAGAUUUCCACCUAAUGACCAGGGCAGAAUUGCCAUGCAAAUGAUAGCGACUCGUAUCUGCCCCGUUUAAAGCGAAAACGGAUAUAUAUAAUACGACGAAUGGCGUUUUGACGGCACACGCGCGAGAAAAACUGCCGAUCAUUCAAGCACUUUAACACGGGACGCGCGAGUCAGGAUGCCGAAGUGACGCAGCUGGAGUUGUUUUAACAGCUUGAGAAGUUGCAGCUCAUUUCCUUCACCUUUUACCCGUGGAAGAACACCACAAGAUACGAGUGCCUUGUUUACACGUGUAAUUGGGCUUUUCUGUUCUUGAGCUACCCGGAAUAUUUGCGACAUCAGUUAAGAGAGAAGUUGCAUCCGUGAGAGGAAACGGAUUUGAAAGCAGCAGUAACGUUAAGGCUCUUUUCGAAAUAGUUGCGCUCCGUCGAUGACUCUCGACACCUCGAAACAUUCCGCGAUACUCACAAUUUUAUUUAAAAUGGCUGAUGAUAAUGAUUUAAUAGGUGCUUCGGAGCUUGUUAAAGAUCGACUCUAUUUUGCAACCUUGCGAAGCAAACCAAAAAGCACUGCAAACACUCAUUACUUCAGCACGGAUGAGGAGUUUGUGUAUGAAAACUUUUAUGCUGAUUUUGGCCCCCUUAACCUCGCUAUGCUGUACAGAUACUGCUGUAAACUCAACAAAAAGCUCAAGUCGUUUACACUGACCAGGAAGAGGAUUGUGCACUACACCAGCUUUGACCAGUGCAAAAGGGCUAACGCUGCUGUGCUCAUCGGUGCUUAUGCUGUGAUUUACCUGAAGAAAACACCAGAGGAAGCCUAUAGAGCUCUUAUCUCUGGCUCCAAUGCCUCAUAUCUUCCCUUCAGGGAUGCUUCAUUUGGGAAUUGCACAUACAACCUGACAGUUCUCGACUGCUUGCAAGGCGUUAGAAAGGCCCUUCAGCACGGAUUCUUGAACUUUGAGACGUUCAACGUAAACGAGUAUGAACAUUACGAGCGGGUUGAGAACGGAGAUCUGAACUGGAUCAUCCCAGGCAAACUUCUCGCUUUCAGUGGGCCGCAUCCGAAAAGUCAAAUUGAGGACGGUUACCCUCUACAUGCCCCCGAGGCUUAUUUCCCAUAUUUCCGGAAGCACAAUGUCACUACCAUAGUACGCCUCAACAAGAAGAUCUACGAAGCCAAGCGCUUCACAGACGCCGGGUUCGACCAUUACGACCUGUUCUUCGUGGACGGCAGCACGCCCAGCGACGUCAUCGCCAGCCGCUUCCUGCACAUUUGCGAGAGCACGGACGGAGCGGUGGCCGUGCACUGCAAGGCGGGUUUGGGCCGGACGGGGACUUUGAUUGGCUGCUACCUGAUGAAGCACUACCGCUUCACGGCUGCUGACGCUAUCGCAUGGAUCCGCAUCUGCAGACCCGGCUCUGUUAUUGGACCCCAGCAGAAUUACCUAGAAGAGAAGCAGGCGAGUCUCUGGGCGCAUGGAGAUAUUCUCCGCUCCAAGCAGCAGCAGUAUGAGGACAGAUCCGUUCCUCACCUCAUCUCGAGUAUGGACGACCUCUCCAUCAACACCUCCAUCUUUAAAUCACACAGCUUGGACCGUAUGGAGGAGAACGAUUAUGUGGAGAACGAUCUCGGUAUGACGCAAGGAGACAAAUUGCGUGCCUUAAAGGGUCGACGGCAACCGAAGUCUGCGACCACUGGAGCCAUAAGCAGAGUGAAACCAGAAGCCACUGGCCAGGGCUCCAUCUCCCCCCUCAAAUCCUCUAAAGUCCCACCAUCCUCCUCCAUCUCUGCCUCUGCCAAACGAAUUGGCCGCUCUUCAUCAUCAUCAACCAACCUCAAGAGCACCAGGUUAGCCAGCUCUUUGGGUAACCUGUAUGAACCAAAUGGCGAAGCCAACAGCUCUGGGAAACCGCCUUCCCCUUCUUCAUUCACUUCCUACCCCGUCCGCAUGGGUUACAGCAGCCCGAUCACCACCCACAGUUACCACUAUGAGGUCAACAACAAUCAGCAUAACAGCACCAGCACGCCGAACAGCAACGGGGUAAGCCCAAGCAGCGGGGUAAAAACCCUGACCUACAACCUCAACAACACCAGCCCAAGUGGACCUUCCACCAAUGGAAGGCUAGGGGCCAGUGAACAGGGGCACCACAGAAGCCCCCCGACGGGGCUGAGCGGGCUCUCGGCACGAUACUUCAGUCGGUCCAUUCCUUCCCUUCAGUCUGAGUAUGUUCAGUACUAAAGCUGCCACCUUCUGCUAACCCCCGUCCCGUGCUGCUGGCCUGGUCCUGACCCGUGACACCUUCACUGUGACCACUGAUUUGCUGACUUCUUGUUGUAAAAGGGGAACGAAGCCAAAAGGAAAUGUUUAGAGACGUUCUGAACUGUCAGCCUCAUGGUCUGAUACCUCUUGCUAUGACAGGGCUGAUCUGGAAUCUGCUGCAUGCUUUUAAAACGACACAAACUUGGCUUGCUCGUCCUUUCAAAACUUAUUUUCUUUUAUUUUUUUAAGAGAUACUCUCCAUAGUUAAAUAUUUUUAGAUGAUGAAUUUUUUUACUAUUUUAGUCCUAUUUUAUCUACAGUUCUUGUACUCGACGACAAGGUUUGUUAAUAUUUGUGCAUCUUUGGAUUAGGAAAUUUGUUCUGAUAUAAAUAUCUGACGUUUUUGUCUCCUGAGUGUAUUAACUAAGUAACAUAUCAAGUACGAGGGCUAUAUUUGAAAGGUGCAAAAUGGUUCGAUAGCUACAUAUCAUCUUAAAAGGGAUUUUUUUUUUUUGUCCACGAAAGCCAUAAAGAGUAUAUGUUUUCUUCAUUUGGGGAUCUAAGGGGGGUUUGUCUCCAUGCAACGGAUGAUGGCUAAUGAGACCACAAACAAUCUGUAAGCAAGCUUAUUUUUCUCUGGAAAAUUAAGGGCUUUGUUUGUUCAGUAUGAACGGUUGUAACAGGAUGGACUUUUUUCCCAUCGUUGUGAUAUAAUGUGCGCUAUUAUUAAACUAAUACAGAUAUAAGGUUGUACGUGUUUCAAGAGCAUCAAGGGCUGUUGAAAACACAACCAUCAACACUUCACUUUUAAGGAGUGUCCAUUUCACCAGCGCAUCUGAAAUAUAACAACUCAGAAUGUACGAGUGAGUUACAAGCGUUUGGCUAUUGGUUUUAAAAUGCAUGGUUUUUGCAUAAAACAGCUCAAACUGCUUAAAAUAUACAUUAACAAUGUAAUUAAUCGCAAACUUUAGUAAAAUAGAUGAGCUUAAGUGUAGAAGGUGAUAUGCAUAACAAAACCUUUUAUGUUAGUGCACAUAAUGAAUGUACAAACUGAUCUGAUUGCGUUUUUCCAGCGCUUGUGUCUCAAAUUCAAUUAUUUUAGGAUGUUUACAAUCAAGUGCAAAUUAUUUAUCGUAUAGAGUUCUUAAAGGUGACCAGCAGGGUUUAAACUAAAACCUUCAGAAUUACUUCAUGCAAAAAUGACAAUAAAUUCAGCCUCAUGUCAUUCCUUACUUGACCUAAUUUUUUCUCUGAAUUAUAAAAUAAGAUUUUGCGCAAUUACCGUAUUUUUCGGACUAUAAGUCGCACCUGAGUAUAAGUCGCAUCAGUCCAAAAAUACGUCAUGAUGAGGAAAAAAAACAUAUAUAAGUCGUACUGGACUGGAUGUCAAAUCUGAUGCAAAAUGUCAUAAAAACAAUUGGAUGUAUUUAAAUGAAAUCGUGGUGUUACAGUAGAGAGGAAGCAUUCUGCAAAUUGCAAAGUACAUUGCAUUUAGUUUAUCACACUGUUGUACAGAUUUGGUAAACUCCGGUAUCAUAUUUCUUCUGAAAAUACCAGCAUGUUACUUAUAUGGUGCACAUUUGGACCUCAGCAGCCUUAUUUUUAUUAAAUGGAAAAGAGCAGCGUGAACAUUCCUCCAAAUAUCAUCUUUUGUGUUCCACAGAGAAAAGUCAGUCAUACAGGUUGAUAUCAGUUGAGUAAAUUAUGACAAUUUUCAUUUUGGGGUUAAACUAAUCUAUGUGUUUCUCUUUGAACAAUUACCCCAGUGCAAGUUUAUGCAAUUAUAUCUCAAUGAUUGACUUUUCUGCAUCUAUUAGUCCUGUAGCACUCUGUACAUUCCAGAUGGUGUUAUGAAUUAUGUGUGUAUAUAUAUGUUUUGGGAGAAUCGUAUUUGAAAUAUUCUACUUCUUCGACAUAUACAUGAUGUAAACUAAUCUAUUGCUUAAAAAUAUAAAUAUCUAUUUUUGGAGCAGUGUGCAAAGACAGUCUAACAAUGUUAGAAUGGUGUUUGCUUUUCAAAGACAUGCAGACGUUAAAUUUCAAAGUAGUGGGUUUUACAUUAUUCUGUUAAAAUGUAAACACGAUUUGAAAGACCAGAAUAAAUAAAAGACAAAUUUUGCUUUA